ACAGGUCAACUCUAAGUUGACCCCCCCGAUAUUGGGCUGGAUGACGCGUGGAGACAUUCCCAUCUUUCUGGAGUAACCUUUAAGGCAACUUAUGUCUAAGUGAAGAUCCUAGCAAUAAAGCAAUGGCGUGUCAUAGGCUUGGUUGCACGAGCUUGGUUACCAUCUCAUGGCAAGUCGAUGAUUGCAGGUCUGUAACGUUCGAAAGGUCAUCUAGGCACCGGCGAAGGGCAGAUUGAUUAACUGCAGGUGUAUUGGGGAAUGUGAACAAGGGGAAUGUGAGAUAAUAGCUACCUAUAUAUACGAGUUUGUGCAUCCCUUCAAUUUACCACAAAUACUCUCUGUCAUACCAGUUCUCUUCUGUCCAGUAGCUGGAGCCUCAAGACAAGCCACAUAUCGAACAUGGUUUCUUCCAAGCUGACUCUGGCCUCUCUGGCCAGCAUUCUCCCCUCCGCCCUUGCAGGAUUCGACGGCAGUUCCCAGAGCAAUGUUGCUGUAUAUUGGGGCCAAAAUUCUUACGGCCAGGCGGGAUCCCAACAACGCUUAGCUGAAUACUGUUCGAACAGUGAGAUCAAUAUCAUCCCGAUAGCUUUCAUGAACGGUAUAAAAACCCCCAUCACAAAUUUCGCUAAUGCCGGAGACAACUGCACGACAUAUGAGGGUACACAACUGUUGAAAUGUCCGCAGCUGGAAGAGGACAUCAAGACAUGUCAGUCUCAGGGAAAGACAAUCCUCAUAUCUAUUGGAGGAGCGACAUAUACAGAAGGUGGCUUCUCGGAUUCCGCGUCGGCCGAGAGCGCGGCUCAGUCCGUAUGGGAUCUAUUCGGUUCGGACACAAGCAAGCCCAACCGACCAUUCCUUUCUGCCGUCGUGGACGGUUUCGACUUCGACUUAGAGUCUGUAACUCAGAACUUUGCGCCGUUUGCUUCGAAGCUGCGGUCGCUCAUGGAUGCGGAUAGUAGCAAGAAGUACUACCUUUCCGGUGCACCUCAAUGCCCAUACCCGGAUGCCGCGAUGAACGACAUGCUGAAUGGCGUAAUCUCGUUCGAUUUCAUCAUGAUCCAGUUCUAUAACAACUACUGCGGCGUUUCGUCUUUUGUACAGGGCUCCAUGACCCAGAACAAUUUCAACUUCCAGACAUGGGACGACUGGGCUAAGAACACUAGCAAGAACAAGAACGUCAAAAUUCUCCUCGGCGUUCCGGCAAACACCGGAGCUGGUGCUGGUUAUGAACCCGCCGGUGCGCUAGCCCCGGUCAUCCAGUACUCGAAGCAAUUCUCGAGCUUUGGUGGUGUCAUGAUGUGGGAUAUGUCGCAGCUGUUCAAGAACUCUGGAUUCCUCGAUUCUGUUUAUGCGUCGCUUACCGGAUCUGGGGUUGCCAAGGCUCAGGCGAUCGCUCAUACGACUUUGGUAACCAAAACCAAGGUUGCGCCCACCCCUGUUGCUUAAUAAAUCAACUGUGAAUCCAAAGACCCCUGGGAUUCUCGCUGUACCAGUCUGUCCUGCAUGCAGGAACAACUGGUCACUGGGGUCUAGAUUUAGGCAAUGACAAGGAUAGGUACCUACCUAUGUUGAAAAUAGGUACAGGUUACUCUCGUUUUCCUUCCAGCCCAGGGAAUGUGUAGUACCAGGGCUGGCUGCGUCGCUCGUCAAGUUGGUCUU